AUGGCCGAUGCUCAAGCAGCUCCAUCUACUGCAACUGAACAGAAAUAUGGUGGUGCGGAGGGCGCUGAUGCUAUGUACGUGAAGCUGGUUUCCUCAGAUGACCACGAGUUCUAUGUUCGGCGUGAGUACGCCCUCACCAGCGGUACUAUUAAAGCUAUGCUCUCCGGCCCAGGUAUUAUAUACUACUUCAAACUGAAAAGUACACUGAAUUGUAAAAUGUUUCGAUUCAAACUACGGCUCGUUAAACGUGAUUAA